GCGGCGACAGGGUGGCGGCUCGCUCCCCCCCUCAGCUCCCCCCCCGCCCCGGCCCGGUGCGGGCAGCGGUGCGGGCAGGGCCGGGCCGGGCCGGGCCGGGCCCGCCGCGGGGGCGGCCAUGUGGGCGCUGCGGGCGUUGUGCCUGGCCGGGCUGGGCGCGGCGCUUGGUGGGGCCUCGGCGGAUCAAUGCGGCUGGAGGGGCAGUGGGCUGUCACAGGAGGCGGGCAGCGUGGAGCAGCUCUCCCUGCACUGCGCCGAGGGAUCGCUGGAAUGGCUGUACCCCACGGGGGCCCUUCGCCUCCGCCUGGCCCCCCGCCUGCCCCCCGCUGCCGCUGCCACCAAGGGCAGGAGCCCUCGGCACGUCACCGCCUGCGUCAAACCUGCUGGCACCUUCCGGGGGGCUCAGCUGUACCUGGAGAGGGAGGGGGUGCUGGAGCUGCUGCUGCCAGAGGCCCCCCGGCCCCGUGUCCGCUGCUUCAGCUGGCUGCCCCGGGAGAAGGUGGCUCUCUUCCUGCAGGCCACCCCACACCGCGACAUCAGCCGCCGCAUCGCCGCCUUCCGCUAUGAGCUGCGGGGGGACUGGCUGGCCCGCCCGGCACUGCCUGCUGCCAGCCUCACCGGGGAAGGGGCGUGCCGGCCAUGCAAUGACACUGAGAUCCUGAUGGCCAUUUGCACUAGUGACUUUGUGAUCCGUGGCAGCAUCCGGAGCGUCUCCAACGACGCAGAGCUGCAGGAAUCCAUCAUCGGGGUGAGCGCCGCCCGCAUCCACCGCCAAAAGUUCCCCCUCUUCCAGGCAGGGGGACGCCCGGGGCGGUUGGUGGGCAGCAUCCGCACCCCGCUGCACUGUGGGGUUAAGCCAGGUCCCGGCACCUUCCUCUUCAUGGGGUGGCUGCAUUUUGGUGAAGCCUGGCUGAGCUGCGCGCCCCGCUAUAGGGACUUCCAGCGCAUCUACGAGGGGGCGCGGCGCAUGCGCCAGAACCCCUGUGAAUUCCCCAUGGACUGAGAGGCUUGGGGAGGGCAGCCUGGCCCCACGGGUGCUGGGGGGCUGGGGUCCCGCAGGCAGUAAGAGCAGCCCCAGAGGGACGUAGGGGCAGCGUGCCAGCAGGGAUGGUGCCUGGAGGGAGCGUGGCACUUCGGCCCUCGUCACGCAGCUGGGUGCCGGUAACACCCGCCGCUGGGCUGGCAGCGUUCCCAGGAAAAUCCUGCUGGAAGGGAAGGGAUUUUCCCAGGGCGCACUUGCCUGUGGUCCCAGGGACCUGCUUGGGUAAGGGAUGCAGUGGCAUGGGGCAAUGGGUUGGGGGCUCCCUGGCGACCAGGGUGCUGUGGGCUUGGGGUGCUGUGGGCUCAGGGACGCUGCAUGCUCGGGAUGUUGCGGGCUCAGGGUCACUGCGGGCUCAGGGACACUGCAUGCUCAGGGGAUGCUGCGGGCUCGGGGCCGCUGUGGGACACGGUGGGUCCAGCAGGCUGGGGCAGCUGCUCCCCUCCCUGGGAGGGCUUAGUGGCAGGUGGCCGUGGCGGUGGGUGGCUGUGGUGGCAGGGCUGGGGACGCAGUGGGGUGUGGAAGGGCCAGGAGGUGGAUUUGCAAUGUCAGGGAUGGAAGGGGGAGCGGGCAGCAUUGAGCCUUGCCCUGGCCCUGCCUGCAACGCAGGGUACAGGCAGGAGCCUUGAGGCAGAUGCUGAGGAAGAGGAGUGAGGCCGAAGGGAGCAAGGGGGAUGGCAAGGCGGGAGGAAGGCUGGUGUGGGGAGCAGAGGUGUCACCGGCACGGCCGGGGCAGGACCAAAGUGCCAAUGCAGGAAAGUGCCACAGGAGCAGGGAGAGGUCAGGCUGUGCCACCCAUCACUACCAGCCUGUGGCCAUGGCCUCACGGUGGCUGCCCGAUCCCACCAUUCCAGAUUGCCAGCAGUGGGGCAUGCCGUGCCAGAUGGGGGGGAUUUUUGACCGUGGGGGUGGGGGGCAUCAUAUGU